AGUAGUGUCAGAAAAUAUUUUGUUUUGUUUACAUAUUUAUCAAUUACUUGAAACUUGGAUUAGGAAAUUAAUUUUUGGAAACUGAUUAUUUCGUAACAUGAAUACCGCUAAAGAUGAUGACGAUUUUUGGUACAGCAGCGAAACGCGAUCGUUCUGUUUUGAAAACGAGGUUAUUAUUGAGAAUGAUGAUCUUCAAAAUACAAAACCUUUGCUCUCAAUUAUAUCUGAGAAGACACUGUCAUGCAUUUUAACUGCGGAUAAAUUACGAAAUGUACAUUCAGAAACAGUUGUUGCCCAACCAGAUAUUACGUUGAAAAGGAUAUUACUCGGUCAGCCAUACUCACUAGAACAAUAUAAGUCUUUUAGCAGUAAAACUGCUCUAUUAGAUGCUGCCAUUUUAAGCGGAGAUGGAAAUGCCAUUUUGAUAAUCAUUUUAUUUCUUACAAAAACUCUGAAGCGAUCUUUGGUACAAAGAUUAUUGAUAGAGAGGCCGGAUGCAGUAAAUAUAUAUAUCCAUUAUCUUUUUAUAAGACUACAAACGAGUGAAAUAACUGAUAUUUUAACAAUGCUGGGCCACUCUUCAACUGCUGCUAUGAAGAAUCUCUAUAUUAUUAUAAAAAACACCAGAGACCCAAGUAGGCUAUUGCAAAAACUUCACAAUUGUUACAAAGCACAUUUUGCCAUGCUACCUGAUUGUAAGGAAGCUACGUUUCUAGAAUCUUACAUUAAGCUUUUAGAAUGGCAAAUGGCGAUCAAACAGAAAAAGGGAAAUGAAGAGUUCCCAUUAAACUCUUCUGUUUUGGAAUCUCUGUAUUAUGCACACAAGCACCACUGCAAUACUCCAGAUAAUUUUGUCAUUGUAUCACCCACAACGCUCUCUCAAGACCAUGACAUUUCUCCUAAAUUAUACCAAAAAGCCGCUAUACAAGUUAAAGCCUCCUGUAGCGGAUGGGAUGACAUCGAUCGUUUACUCUUAACAAAGAAAAUACUUGGUAAUACAAAACUGCAAACGCAUUUACAUAUAGAAGAUAUUUUGAAAGUAUUGAAUAAACACAAUGCACCGUGCGCUAUUUUAGAAAAGUAUCUGAAGUUUGUUGAUAAUCUAGAAAAACGAUUGGAAUUGGCAAAGAAAUUAUCUUGCCAUACGGUAGUAAUUGAUAUAUUUGUGCAACAAGGAGACCGUACAAUGCUGAUGGAUUACAAAGCAAAAUUGCAGCCUCAAUCAGAAGAAUAUUUUUAUGUUGAAAGUGCUUUACGUUUACCACAUGUUAAAUGGAAAAGUUAAGCUCAUUUUAAUUUAUAAUUAUAAUUAUUAUCCAACAUUUAUAAUUAUGAAAAAUAAUAUAUAUUUGAAUUAUAUG